CUCUGUGUAUCCUCACGAUUCACUGUUACUGAUAACCGUCCGAUCUGCCCUGAACCGAGCUGGUUCCCCGCAGCCUACAAGUCUGCCUCUCCAUCCCUCAAGCUACAUCGCCUGCCUGGAGGCCACUUGCAAAUGCGUCGGGCCGCCCUCCAACUUUUUCGUCCUGCCCGUCGCCCAUGCCUGCGUAAACUCACUCGAAGUCGAACCUCUGCCUUCUGCCUCAGCACGCAUGGCCUAGCGUACAGGACGGUUUCCAGUCGCUCACGAGCAUCGGUAGCCACUGUGCUCAAAUCGUCCAUGCAGCUUCGAUCAUUCACGGGAGCUUUGGUAGCUGCUGCUGUAGCGUCAGGUGCUUUUUACGCCUACAGAGGGAACGCAACAUCAGGUGUUGCUUCACCAUUCGUAGAUCAGACCAGGGAAGCAAGUACCAAGGCGGAGCCAACACGACGAGCGCUUGUAGUUGGACAAGGCUCUCUCUAUACUGGAACUAUCACGGGUGACGGUCCUCUAUCUAAGGAAACAGACGAUUACGGCAGGAAGGUUUUGGAAAUGUUGACACCAGAGCAAGCGACACAGAAGUUACGCAAGAACGAAGAGUCAUGGCUAGUUGGACGGGGACAGGGUGUAGUACGCUACGAUGUUGUGCAGAUUCCUAGCAACGACCCCAUCGAGGAUGAUCAUGCCGAGAAAAUCAUUGAAGUACCUCAGAACAUUGCAGCCACAGAGAAUGGUGCAGCUGCCAGCGACUGGAUGUUUUGGGGAGUUUUCGAUGGUCACAGCGGCUGGGUGACAUCCGCAAAGCUUCGACAGACUUUGAUUUCUUUCGUCGCGCGCGAGCUCAAUACUACCUACAAAUCUGCCACCGAGGACUCCUCCCUUCGCCUACCUACCCCCGAGUCUAUUGACAAGGCUAUUAAAACUGGCUUCCUUCGCCUUGACAAUGAAAUUGUACACGAGUCGGUUGCGAAGGUGAAGAAGGCUCAAUCCAAGCUCGCCGCUGCCGAGCUGCUUGCGCCAGCGCUCUCUGGAUCUUGCGCUUUGCUUUCGUUCUACGACAGUAGAUCGAAGCUUCUCAGAGUUGCUUGCACAGGUGAUUCUAGAGCUGUGCUUGGCCGUCGUGGAUCGAAUGGCAAAUGGACAGCAACACCACUCUCAGAGGAUUUAACUGGUGGUACACCAAGCGAAGAAGCCCGAUUGCGAAGAGAACACCCAGGGGAGCCUAAUGUUGUUAGAAACGGACGUAUCCUCGGUGGACUCGAGCCUAGUCGUGCAUUCGGCGAUGCCUACUACAAGUGGUCGCUCAAAACUAACGAGGAGUUGAAGAAGUCUUACUUUGCUCGGUCUCCUUCCUCGCUGCUCAAGACUCCCCCCUAUGUCACUGCUGAACCGGUGGUCACUACCACCAAAAUGGAGCCUGAGAAGGGCGACUUCGUCGUCAUGGCUACAGAUGGGUUGUGGGAGAUGUUGACUAACGAGGAAGUCGUAGGGCUCGUUGGUCAAUGGCUCGAUGCCCAGGGUGGAGCCAAUGGACAAAACGCGCAAUCCCAGUCUUGGCUCAAGAGCUGGUUUUCCUCACAGAAAACCUUACCUGUGGAACAGAAAGGAGGCAGUGGUGAUACUUCCGGCCAGCGUGCUCCCAUUCGCCAACAACAAUGGGGCACAAAGACCUCUCUGAAUGAGCGUUUUGUUACAGAAGAUAAAAACGCUGCUACCCACCUUGUCAGGAACGCUCUGGGUGGAAACGAUCAAGAUCAGCUCUCGGCUCUGCUGACCCUCCCCAGUCCAUUCUCUCGGCGCUACAGAGAUGACUUGACUGUGGAAGUCAUUUUCUUCGGCGACAGCCCUAACACUGGCAACGUAACUCUUAACAAGGAAGCUAGUGCAUCCGUCCCCGAAGUCAAGUCCAAGCUAUGAAGAGUAGAUACAUACCCUGCCUUUCUGAUCAGCAUCGCAUCGUUUCCAGCAUGGCGUUUCGGGCUAGGCACCUGAGGAGGUUUCCGGAACCUUGGGAUAAAGACGCCUUUUGAGCAUGGCGUUAUCUUCAAUCUGAUUGUUCAGGCGAAUUACAUUGUAGGGCCACCCCAUUCUAUGAUGAGCGGUCUGAGUGGAAGUGAAACAAGAACAUUACGAUGCUUCGGUGCCCAUGUGACAGCCACAUUAAUGUUAUCACCUGCCGCUUACAGGCCACCCACCCAGGGCUGACCUGAACUUCGAUAAGCCAGGUCACAUUGAUUCUGAUGACUAGGAGUCUACUGAUGAGUUGUUAUGAGCAUUCGAAUGAUUAGACCCGAAAGGCUAUGAUAAGGACUGAAUUAGUGUUUGUGUAUUACUCAUGAACUAUCCAAUGUUGCUAUCUUACCACUGAAUGAAAGAAACGAUGUCCUUGAGCAUGUCUUCCG